AUGCUUUUCACAAGAAAUUGUUUUGGUGUGUUAAGGCAUUAUUCAACCGGAACCUCCAAAAGUCUGCCUUUUAUAAUUUCAAGGAGCAAGACCGCGAAUUUUCCGGUUUAUAUUGAUUAUAAAAGCGGUGGGAAUCAAGUUCAGACGAUAAUACGUCGAAUUGAAGGAGACGAUAAUGCUUUGCUAAAGAAAUUAAUUACUGAUCUUGGGAUCUCUCAGGCCGAUGCUUCUAUUAACCGAUUGACGAAACAGAUUUCUAUCAAAGGAAACCAUUCUCAGCGCGUAAAAGAAUGGAUCCAAAAUCAUGGGUUUUAG